AUGAGUCCACUCAGACUCCACCCUUGGGCAGAAGAACAAGAUCAGACCGUCUUACCCUUGGUCUUACCCAAACGAAAUCAACAUCGUCAGAAGGGGAAUCGUGCUAGGGGACAACAUCCACCCGUCGAACGGGAUCGUGUCAUCGACGACAGUGAUCAUGAUCGUGUUAUCGACGACAGUGAUCAUGAUCGUGUCAUUCACGAUACCUAUCAUGUACCUAUCCCACGGGACCAUGUUGGAAACAUGGACUCAGACGUCCUUGGUCCAAACGCUGGCACGCAUGUCACACGAUCCAUCCUCGGACCAGAAAUCAUCGACUCGAAUCAAACCAGUGGUGGGAUGAAAAACAAACUCACCUUUACCCGACCCACAAGAUCAAUUUCUCUUCCGACAGUCACACUCGGACGCUCGGUUCAAACACCCAUCUCGGCCUCGGAGCUAGACCCUCAACGUGGUAGUGGUGGUAGUGACAUUGGUAGACCCGUUGGUGAUGAUGGACGACCUGUGGAUACUGUCAUCUCGGGGAGACGAUACACGGCAAGGUCUGUGAAUAAAGUAAUCUCGGGGAAACAAUACAUGAGAGGAUCUGUGAACGCAGUAAUGGGGAAACAAGACAUGAAAGAGAUUGGUAAUGGUGUGGAUGGACGACCGUCAAAUGGAUUUCUAAAAAAUCUCAAACAACAAAAUGAUCAAAUUCAUUCGGUCUCUGAUCAACUUUCCAACAUUCCUGAACCCUCUGAUUCGAAUCCUCACGUCAAUGAGAAGAUCAACAACUUGUCAUUCGAAAAUCCUAAUACCCAACAAUUUACUGCACGCUCUGUGAUCAAACAUCCUAGCUCGGUUCCAACUGGCGUUACCACACCCGUUCAGUCGGACCUUGGACCGGUCGAUUCCUCAGGGCCUGAACAACUUGACAAAGUCGUAAUCACCGACCCUAUAGCUCUCUCAGCACAAUUCGACCAAAUCACAACUGCAACUACCGACCGUAUACUCAUAGCCGAACAACCCCAACCGCAACUACAACCCCACCGUGUCCCUCUUCGCCAUCACAUGACGACGAAUCGUGAUGGUCCCCGAAAGCUCAUCUUGCCCAUGUUGAUCAAGGAAAGGUCGGCCCCACGGGCUUUGGGUUCGAGAUCGGGACGGAGCGGAUCGGACGACCCGACGGUUUGA